AUGCUCAACUUCGGCGGCGCUUCCCUCCAGCAGGCUGCGGAGGAAAGGAUGGAAAUGAUUUCCGAAAGAUCAAAAGAGAGCAUGUAUUCCUGGAACAAAACUGCCGAGAAAAGUGAUUUUGAAGCUGUAGAAGCGCUUAUGUCCAUGAGCUGCAGUUGGAAGACUGAUUUUAAGAAAUACGUUGAAAACAGACCUGUUACUCCCGUGUCUGACAUGUCAGAGGAAGAGAACUUGCUCCCUAGUACACCUGAUUUUCAUACGAUCCCAGCCUUUUGUUUGACUCCACCUUACAGUCCCUCUGACUUUGAACCGUCUCAAGUGUCCAAUCUGAUUGCACCAGCGCCAUCUACCGGCCACUUCAAAUCGUUCUCAGAGGCUGCCAAGCCUCACCUUGCCGCCCCUUUCAAGGAGGAAGAGAAAAUCCCGGCUCCCGUCCCCAAGUUCCCCAAGGCUCAGGCAACCAGUGUGAUCCGUCACACAGCCGAUGCCCAGCUGUGUACCCGCCAGUCCUGCCCGGUGAAAGCGGCCAGCAUCCUCCACGGCCAGGACAGCGCUUUCAGAAGGAGAGCCCACCUCGGCGUGGAGGCUGCCCGCAAAGGUGUCCCUUGUGCAGCUGUGUCCCCGAGCAGCUCCCCGUGCGAGAGGAGCCCGGGAGCGGAUGCUGAUGAGAAAGCGGGCGCCGGACCUUACGACUUCCCUGCGCCUCCUUCAGAGACGGUCAUCUGCCGGUCUCAGCCGGCUUCCGUGUCCCCCCAGCAGAAGUCCGUGCUGGUCUCCCCGCCCGCAGCGGGAGUGCCACCUGUGCCCGUCAUCUGCCAGAUGGUCCCCCUCCCUGCCAACAGCCCCGUCGUGACCACCGUCGUCCCCAGCACGCCGCCCAGCCAGCCGCCCGCCGUCUGCCCGCCUCUCGUGUUCAUGGGCCCGCAGGUGCCCAAGGGCGCGGUCAUGUUUGUGGUGCCCCAGCCCGUGGUCCCGAACCCGAAGCCCCCCGCGGUGAGCCCCAACGGCACCAGACUCUCUCCCAUCGCCCCUGCUCCAGGGUUCUCCCCCUCGGCCGCCAAAGUCACUCCUCAGAUGGACUCGUCCAGAAUCAGAAGUCACAUCUGCGGCCACCCCGGCUGUGGCAAGACGUACUUCAAAAGCUCUCACCUGAAGGCCCACAUGAGAACGCACACAGGAGAGAAGCCUUUUAGCUGCAGCUGGAAAGGCUGUGAAAGGAGGUUUGCCCGUUCUGAUGAACUGUCCAGGCACCGGCGAACCCACACGGGUGAGAAGAAAUUCGCCUGUCCCAUGUGUGAGCGGCGGUUCAUGAGGAGCGACCAUCUGACCAAGCAUGCCCGGCGUCACCUGUCCGCCAAGAAGCUACCAAACUGGCAGAUGGAAGUGAGCAAGCUGAACGACAUUGCCCUACCUCCAGCCGCUGCUCCCGCCCAGUGA